UCUGCUCCUUCCCCGCCUAAAUCCUGCAAGCUCUCUUUAAUUACCCUAGUAAAUAGACAAACCAGUCUUUGUCUCAAUCAAAGAUGGCAGUUUCACACAUCAAUGAAAGUGUUAUCUUGGAAGAAGUUAUGAGUACACAUGAUCCAGAUGGCAAAGAAAAUUUUAAAAUUAAUGUUAUCUUCGAUUUGGUGAAGAGCAUUCUCUAUCCUACCAUGAUGGGAGAUAGCAUUGAUGAAAAUGAAGAUUCUGAUAAGGAAGACUCUGAUGGCGACAAGUCUUUUGAGGGACACUAUAUUAUUGACAACGAGUCUGAUGAGGAAGACUCAAAUGGCGACGAAUCUGAUGAUGACAAAAAGUCAAACGAGGAGGGAUCUAACAGUAACAAAAGGUCCGAUGAUGAGAAGGAACUUGACAGUGAGGAGGAAUAUGCUAAAGACAUGGAUCUUCCAUAUCAAUUAAAACAGUUUUCCUUUGAGAUGUCAUUGAUGUGUUCAAAAAAUGUGGAUCCACGGUUGAUUGUAAUGUAUUUUCUGAAAAUGUUGUCCACAUUUUCGUGGGAAGGCAAACUUUUGAUUAUGUUCGCAGCUUUCUCCCUCAAUUUUGGAGAAUUCAGCCUUGUUCACAAUCACAAGGGAUUGUCCCGCAAAUUAGCAAUUCUCAAGGGGCGUGAAAGUCAAGUUCUGCCAAUGGUUACACAUUUUAUCAAAUCAAUUUUACAUUUGACUAAGUAUAUUGUUGAGUUUGCACAAUCAUCCUCUCAUAAUUCAUCACCAAUCAUACCAAUUGGUUGCUAUUGGAUCAUCACAAGUAUCCUUAGUUAUGCAUCCUAUAUCACUUCUAGCCUUAUGAAUAUACAUUCGGGGUGUUUUAUAGUUGAAGAAACACAACUUUCAAGUUUAACUCUCAAAAUCAAAGACAUAAUCUCUGAAUGCCGCCGGAUACUAGAAAAAAAGAGAGAAGUGGAUUCUUACAAUGCAUUAUGUCAUGCAUUCUUUGAUGAGAAUCCAAUCCUCUCCACUUCUUCUAAUUUGGAUGUUUUGAAGUUAGUAUUCAAUGUCAAGAAAGGUUGGAAACAGAAAGUCAUAUAUGAUGGUGAUAUGCAAGCAAUGGUAGAAUUACAUUUGUUGAAGAAUAGGAGCUUGCUAUUGUUAAUAUCGUCAAGUCUUGAUAUUGACAAGUAUUUGAUUGUAGUACUUCAAGUCUUACAAAGUCAAACUAAGUUGCGUGUACUUUGGAUUCCCAUAUUAGACUCUCCUAUAUUAUGGGAUAUUAGACAUAUGGAAGUAGAGUAUAGAAGAUUAGUAAAUAAAGGAGAAUUACUUUCAGUGAGAAAUCUACAGAAAUUAGUAGCACCAGGAUUUGUGCGGUUUGUUAAAGAGAAAUUGUUUCAAAUAGGAGGAGGGGGUGAGGCUAUCAUUGUUUCGCUGGAUCACCAAGGGAGGAUUGUUCACCAUAACGCAAUGCACAUGAUAUUGAUGAGGCUUGAAGAUAUUCUUGAAGGGAUUCACACUGGAGUUAAAAUAGGAGAUAGUAUAAUUCCUUUGUUACAGAAUGUGUUGAAGGAUAGGACGUUAGCAAUCAGGAGUUUGGUGCCUGAAAUUGAUGGGAGAUUAGUAGAAAUCGCUGGUAAAAUGGAAAGACUAAUGCUUGAGGAGCUGGAUGAGAUGGAGAAGCAAAUAAAAAAUCCGGUUUACAGCAACAUUUACACCAGUGAAAGGGAAACAGAUCUAUGGAAGGUAGAAAUUUGGUGCACUAAGCUUGUGCUGGGUGGGUUCAAACCAUUGACCGAGUGGGUUGAGGAGAACAAGUACAUUUUUUUUAUUGGAGGGAAUGACUUAAAAUGGGUUAAAGCAUUCCAUUCCAAGGUAAUGCAAGUAGUUUCUUUAAACCCACAACUGACAAUUAUGAUCAGCUACAUUGGUAGCAAUGUGAAAGUUGGAUCAACGAUUCUUCGACACAACAUUUGUAAAGCACCAAAAUCACCUUUUGUGUCAUGGUUUACGUGGGCACGUCUUCGAAGCACAUUCUUAUCAAGGAUCAAAUUUUUAGAUCAAAUUUAUUGUGAUGAGGAUCAUGAUGAAAUUGUGGAAGGACUAAAAAAGAUGCUAGCCUAUGAGGCUAAAGAUUUUGCAGGUGACGGAUGGGCUAUGCUGUGCAAAGGUAACGAGAUAGUUGUAUGUGACUUAGGAGAUAAAAUGUUGACAAUCAUGAAUGAAUUUGAGAAAUGGAAGGAGAGUGCAAUAGCCAAAGGCUUUGAUCAAGCGUUCAAAGAUCAUCAUGAGAUGCUUACUCCUAUUUAUGCUUCAAAACAUCAUCCUUGUUGUGCUCUUGGUGACUACCCAUGUAGUUUUGACAAGGUUUCAGAGAAUGUAGAGUGUCCUCAGUGUUGUCAAAAUAUGCAAAAGUUUGUUACUUUCAGGUGCCACCAUAACUAGUUGAUGAUGUGGAUUCCGAUUAUGAGGAUUUCGAUUAGGAUAUACUUAGUUGAUAUAGACACUUGUUGUAUUUGCAUGUAUAUGAAAGUUAAACUUGUACAUUCAAUUCAAUUUCUUACAAUAUAUAUGUUAUGCUGAGUCA